GAUACUAUACAACAAGGUCAUAGGUUAUUCUCUCUAGUCUAUAUACCUCCAUUUAUUAGCUUUGUCUUUUGCAUCCAUUCCUUCUCCAUCCACUCAAUGUUGUUUCUGUUUGCCCUUCUACUAGCUAUCACCUUUUUCCACUAAUUUAUAUCACCUUUCACAUCUCUCUCCGCCUCUCUAUCUCUCUCACUCACUAUCACUCCUCUAAAUUUCCUCUCUUCCAAUUAGGGUUUCCUCAUAGAGGUGCUUCUCCUUAGCUUAGACUACUUUCUCAAGGGAGGGGAAAAAGAGGAGCUUCUCAAGGAUAAAAGGUACUUCCCUUUUAUUUAAUUUGAAUCUAAGAAACCUACAUCACAAACAGAGAAUUAAUAUAAAUAAAAAUGGCAUCAUCAUCCAGCUCAUACAAUUCACCUUGUGCUGCCUGCAAAUUCUUGAGGAGAAAAUGCAUGCCAGGAUGCAUCUUUGCACCUUACUUCCCUCCAGAAGAGCCUCAAAAAUUUGCAAACGUGCACAAAAUAUUUGGUGCUAGCAAUGUCACAAAGCUUCUCAAUGAACUUCUCCCUCACCAAAGGGAGGAUGCUGUGAACUCCCUUGCUUAUGAAGCCGAAGCACGAGUUAGGGAUCCAGUUUAUGGAUGUGUAGGAGCCAUCUCUUUUCUACAAAGACAAGUUCAAAGGCUUCAAAAGGAACUCGACGCUGCUAACACCGAUCUUCUUCGCUAUUCCCUCGCUGAUAUCUCUCCACCUCCUCCAGCAUCUCUUUCUGUACCUCAAGGAAUGAUAUCAGUUCAACCAAUUCCACAAAGACAGUUCAGUGGAAGAAAUGAAGGGUUUUAUAGACAAUCUCCUACUACUACUUAUUCUUCUUUUCCUUAUUCUCUUCCUUGGACUGAUACUUCCUCGGUGGAUAUGAGUGAAGGUGGAGGAGGAGGAGGAAAUCAUAUGUGAAUUAAGUUUUGUAUUAAGGUAUAAUAACCCAUCCAAGGGUUUAUACUUUUUGAGAGGCAUGAUCUGCAAUAUUCUUAAGGCUUGAUUAUCUUAUAUAUGCAUCUAUUCUGAACUUUGGCUAUAAAUAUGUAGCCUUAAUUAUUGGACUCUUUUAUCUAUGUGAUUGAAGGUCUAUUGUGUGUCAUUAAUAAAAUUUAUUUGUUUGCUUCUCUUUUCUA